AUGGCUCAGUGGCACCCAGAUUUGCAUUUUGAAGGCUCCCCAGUCCUCAGAAACGCAGUGGUCCCGGAAAGAAAUUUCCAGGAUAUCAUGACCACCUACCCUCUCGUCAGUGAGCUCGAUGCCUUCCUGGAGCUCGAGGCCAACGCCGACGCAAACAUGGCCUCCGUAAGGGCCUCCGAAAUGCCCGCCACAAACCCUCCUCCUCCUCCUCCCAGCCAGCAGGAGCAGCUUCGGGAACCAUUCCGACGUUUGCUUCCUGUAUACCAUCAUUACGUCGCCCCGAUCCUAGAGUUCGAGGGCGCCUACUUCACCCAUGCGAUGAUGAAUGGUCUCAACAUACCCUGUGUCCCUCUUGAUUUCAUCACUGGAGACGUCCUCUCAAGCUACGUCAAGUAUUUCCAGCCCAUGAGCAAGGAACUCCUCAACGAUCGUAUCCUCGACAGCAAAACAGACGACCAUGUCAGAGAGUAUAAGGAGCGCGUCGGUAUCCACGCCAACUCCGUGCAUGAAAACAACUACGCCCAGGCCAUGUCCAUUUGGGAGAACGGCGUCGCUCAAUUCCUCUCGCCUGGGCCUAGCGAGAAUCACAACCAUCUCCCGGACCUCCAGCCCAACUUGACUCGAUGGAGAGUGGUCAACAACGGCUACACACAACUCCACCGUCGCGAGGGUAACGGUACGAACUGGAGCGCCGAGGGUAUCUUCAACUACUACACCAACGACGGCGCCGGGCCAGACGAAACAAGGCCACACGUCGUAGCCUUCGUAGCAGACCAGGCCCCCUUGAAGGACGGCCUUCCUUCUACAAGUGCUGUGCAGACAGCCUUCUGGCUCGCCGGAACUGCGGCAGCACAAGACUUUAGGCACAAUCACAACGUCUUCCCUGUUACGGUUGUUUGCUGCUCUGGACACAAAGUCCGUGUCCUGCAGGUGGUAAUCGAUUUCCUCCGUCGCGCAAUCGAGAUACGACUGUCCCAGAUUAUCGACCUCCGCGAUCCCCCCUUUGGAGACUGGACAGCCUUCCUGCACUUCCUUUGCUGGUUUCAUCCCGAUCCUAUCGGUGAAACCGCCGCUUUUUAA